AUGUCCUCUUCUGCUCUGUUGUUCGUGGCAAAUUUACCCACAGUAGCGAACGCGCAGUAUGUAGAACGCCUGUUCUCGGCUUACGGUCACGUUGCUGAUGUCAAGAUUGUGUUUGAGGGAUCGGUGCAGUUUGCGGAGGUGAUGUACAACGCCGUGGACGAUGCGGACUCUGCGAUCGCCGCGCUGCAUCAUCACUAUUGCGCAUCCAGGAAUACACCUCUGGUGGUAUUAUAUCACGUGAGGAGUCCUUGCAUUUCAGAAUAUGGCCGCAAAGUUGGGCGCGAGUACGCCCAAGCAGCUGCGCUGGGUCGCGACCCCUCAUACAUCCCACUGGAGGGGUUUGACGAGAACUAUCCUCGGACAGAUGUCCCCCCGCCCCCAUCUGACAGAGAAAUCUUUGAGGGAGCGCGCUGGAAUGACAGUAGCGGUCCAGCAGGCGAGGGGCGGUUGCAUUCGUAUUAG